AUGCCUGAGCCAAUUGAAAAUGGAAAUGAUGAAAAGGCUCAGAAAAGCGUGCAAAUCGGAGAUGUUCUCGACUAUUGUAACUCCUCAGGUUCAUCGGUGAAUGAGUUGGUGAAUGGAGUGUGUCCUCGAGUUUCACCGUCUCCACCUGCUUCUCGUAGGCGAUUGCGAACGAUGAGCGGUUCUAAAACCGAGCACCACCUCUACACCACCAAAACUGGAAGGAAAAUCUACACAAAAGGUAGGCCGCCAUGGUAUGACAGUAGAGGAAACACACUCAAGCAGCCGUAUGUAAUAGGCAUCUGUGGCGGUUCAGCCAGCGGUAAAACUACGGUAGCGGAGAAAAUCAUCGAAAAACUAGAGAUACCAUGGGUUACGAUUUUAAGUAUGGACAGUUUUUACAAGGUAUUGAACGAGAAGGAGCACGCUUUAGCUGAGGAAUCUAACUACAACUUUGAUCAUCCUAACGCCUUCGAUUUCGAUUUACUGUUUGAGGUUCUAACUCGGCUCCGUGAAGGGAAAAGUUGCGAAGUUCCAGUUUACGAUUUCACUACUCAUGCUCGAGAUAAUAAUCCAAAGGUGAUGUACGGCGCGGACGUCUUGAUUUUCGAAGGAAUUCUAGCUUUCCAUCGUCCUGAAAUAACUGCUAUGAUGGACAUGAAGGUAUUUGUGGACACGGAUGGUGACGUACGCCUGGCUCGUCGGCUUAAUCGUGAUAUCAACGAACGUGGUCGUGACACUGUUGGUGUGCUUGACCAAUACUUUAGAUUCGUUAAGCCGGCAUUUGAAGCGUAUAUCGCGCCUGGAAUGAAGGUCGCUGAUAUUAUCGUACCUCGGGGUGGAGACAAUGAUGUGGCAAUCAAUCUCAUUGCGAAGCAAGUGAUGACCCAGCUGGUGAAGAGGGGUGAGGAUGAAUUGAUUUUUUAUUCCGAACGCCUCACACGAAUUCUUGUCGAAGAAGCCAUGAACUUCAUGCCGUAUAUGGACGUAGAGAUCGAACUCAACAAUGGCCAAAGAGUCAAAGGACGUCGACAAUGCGCUCAAAUUUGCGGCAUCGCAAUUAUGAGAGCAGGAGAGACUAUGGAAAACUCUCUACGUGCCGUUGUGAAGGACUGUAAGAUGGGAAAGAUAUUGAUUCAAACGAAUGACAAGACGAUGGAACCUGAGCUCUACUACCUCCGAUUGCCAAAAGAUAUUGAUAAGUACAAAGUCAUGCUCUUGGAUGCGACAGUCGCAACUGGCGCAGCAGCUAUGAUGGCGAUUCGAAUUCUUCUUGAUCAUGACGUGCCAGAAGAAAACAUUUAUGUCUUGUCGUUGCUCAUGUCAGAACCAGGAGUUCAUGCUCUGGCAUACGCAUUCCCAAAGGUACAUUUUUAUGGACAAUUCUUCGCUUUUCUUCAGACCGCUCCGGCAUUUGAAGCGUAUAUCGCGCCUGGAAUGAAGGUCGCUGAUAUUAUCUUGUUACCUCGGGGUGGAGACAAUGAUGUGGCAAUCAAUCUCAUUGCGAAGCAAGUGAUGACCCAGCUGGUGAAGAGGGGUGACUUUUCUUCAUAUUUAUUCCAUCACAGAAAAAUGAUGAACAUUCUGAGCGGUAUGAUGGGUAUGGGUGGCGGAUAUAGCGGCCGGUACAGUUGUCAGAUGCGAGCGUAUUCGGCUGCCUUUAUCGAUGCGGACUCAGCUAAAGUCGUUGAACUUAAUUAUGGUGGAAAGAUUUUACUGCCCAACUCAGCAUUGGAUUAUCUUAUACGUUACAAUGUGCCUUAUCCUAUGCUCUUUAAGGUUUCGUCAGUUUGUGAGAAUGCUCGAUCUACAAAUUGUGGUGUUUUGGAGUUUUCAGCACCAGAAGGAAAGUGCUAUCUGCCACAGUGGAUGAUGAAGCAGUUGCGCAUCGAUGAAGGCGCUGAAGUUCGAGUGGACUCGGUUACUCUACAGUCAGCUACAUAUGCGAAACUCAAACCGCAAUCGCUUGAGUUCCUAAACAUCAGUAAUCCAAGAGCCGUAUUGGAAGUGGAGCUGCGGAAGUUUGCUUGCUUGACGAAAAAUGACGUCAUUGCCGUUUUGUAUGCCGAUCAAGUACUUGAGUUUCUGGUGCAGGAAGUGAAGCCGAGUAAUGCAGUUUGUAUCAUCGAAUGUGAUUUGAAUCUAGAUUUUGAUGCACCCGAAGGAUAUGUUGAACACCCGAAGGUGGCGAAACCUGCCCCUGGUUUCAAGCCUCCAGCGCCGGCUGUGAAGACGAUGCCAGCUCCUAGCGGAUCACAUUUCUCAGCGUUUAGUGGAUCGGGACAGCGGUUGGAUGGAAAGAAGAAGCCGUCAUCGAGCAGCCUUUGUACUGAGCAAGCAGAUGAUCUUCUUGACACUCUACAGUCAUUACCACCAGUUGUAUGUGUUGAUGAUUAUAAGCCAGGAAAGUUGUCGUUCAUACGCUACGACUACAAGUCGCGUUUCGACACGGAGCGCGAGCUGCAGGAGGCGAAGGUGGCGGCUACGAAGAAAGCAACUCCAUUCGAGGGAUCAAGCGCGACUAUAAGGAAACGAUACUGA